CGCAGAUGCUGCGCGGCUUGCUCACACCCUGGACCCCGCCGUCGUGUUCGACCUCACAUCUCGUCCCCGGUCGUGGGGCGGCGGGGCCGCGUCGUCAGUAGGGGGAGAGCUACGUCAUGCAGCUGUUAGGGUUCAGAUUCUUCCUUACAAAGGCGUGUAAGAACCACGAGUAAACACGUUAGCCCGAAACAGCAGCUGGCUAACAGACACGUGAUGGAUGUUGUUUAAAUAAAUUAACGUUGAGUGAGGCUCCUGGAGGAAUUGCUACACCCCCAGUGUACGGUCAGCUUUUAGCUUUAUAUCUGCUCCAUAAUGACAUGAAUAAUGCAAGAUAUCUUUGGAAAAGAAUACCACCUGCUAUAAAGUCUGCGAAUUCUGAACUUGGGGGAAUUUGGUCAGUAGGACAGAGAAUCUGGCAGAGAGAUUUCCCUGGAAUCUACACAACCAUCGGCGCUCACCAGUGGUCUGAGACGGUCCAGCCGAUCAUGGAGGCGCUCAGAGAGGCAACGAGGAGACGAGCCUUCGCGCUGGUGUCGCAGGCGUACACCUCGAUCGUCGCCGACGACUUCGCAGCGUUUGUCGGGCUCCCUGUGGAAGAGGCUGUGAAAGGUAUACUAGAGCAAGGAUGGCAAGCUGACUCCACCACGAGAAUGGUGAUGCCCAAAAAGCCAGUUGCAGGGGCCCUGGACGCUUCCUUUAACAGGUUUAUUCCUUUAUCAGAGCCCGCCCCGGUGCCGCCGAUCCCCAACGAGCAGCAGCUGGCCAGGCUCACCGACUACGUGGCGUUCCUGGAGAACUGAGGCGCGUCCGGUGCACGCUCCUCCGCGGUCCUGUGUCCCGACGGAUGCAUACUGUGUUCUCGUUGUGUUGGGUGCAUUCCGUACUGAGUGUGUGAUAAAAUGCAGAUGUAAUAUAAAGCGUAUUAUAUGUAUUUGUCCCUAAGCACCAUGCUGACUAGUGUUGGGACGAGCUCACCUGGUGGCUGACCGUCCGGGGGGAGCCGUGAGGGUGACGGUCAGUGUGUCUCGGGGCUGGGAGGACACCUCCCGGCCUCGUGCCCUCCGUGCUCUGCUGCGGCUGCCCCCGCCCUGCGCCCCUCCCCCUCGCACCCUCGGUCCUGGUAGGGACUCAGCUGAGGUUUGAGGGGGGCUGUCCUCGGAGGCCGUGCUGAGCCGGGUGAUCCUGACGCACCCUCUGGAGAAUACGCUCUUCCCUCCCCGUCCGAGUCCCUGGCACAGGACCCUGAGCUCCGGUGAGGGGCUGACGCUGUCCUUGGCAAACCAGACUGUUGCCUAGAUUCUUCUCGUGUGCGUGUGCACGUUCAGAGCCGUGUCACGUGCUGUUCCUUCGGAGGAGGGAUGCAGGAAGGCCUGUGCGGAAGACGCUGCUGAGACAAGGGACACUGUGCCGUGCCGCGGCCCGCUGGGCCGGGUUCAUCCCCUUCGUCUGCCUCCUGGAGACCGCCGAGCAGGCCUUCGGUCCCCGCGCGACAGCUCUGAGUAUUGAAGCUGUUUAUCGUAUCUUCAGGCUGAGACACCCGAGUUCAUUUAUUUCGCAUUUGUUCAAUAAAUACUUUGUUGAAUUCUUCACCUGUUUCAUCUAAGGCAGUUUCUAGGAACUCAACUGUCCUGGUUUUUCUGCUGACAUUGUAGUUUGUUGCUCUGUUAAAAUAUGAGUUUCUUAAUUAAACAGAAGUGACCCA